CUAAGAGGGAUGUUUUGAAGGUGGUCAUGUCUGUGUUUGACCCUUUAGGCUUUCUACUGCACGUGAUUAUCCAAGCGCGUAUACUGUUUCAGGAUAUUUGGCGCAGCAAGAUAGGAUGGGACGACGAAGUUGAGGUAAGUCACUACGCAGCGUGGCAGACAUGGUUAUCGGAACUCAACUCGGCUGCCAAUAUUACGAUUCCCAGGUGGAUAUUGACAGAAGAUUUUGACAACCUGGCUGAAUUGCACAUAUUCUGUGAUGCUAGUUCCAGAGCCUUCGCUAGUGUCGCUUACCUCCGCUCGCGUAAGAAGGAUGGCACCUGGCAUGUCGCUUUUUUGAUGGCGAGAGCUAGGGUUGCCCCCCUGAAAGUAAUGAGUAUUCCACGACUGGAGCUACAAGCUGCUGUCAUGGGGGCGCGAAUGUCUCAACACCUACGACAAUGUGAGAUGGUUCCCCUUUCUAAGCUAACGCUGUGGUCGGACUCCAAGACUGUUUUGAGCUGGCUCAACUCAGAUUCGGGAAGGUUCAAGCCUUUUGUCGCACACCGAGUCAGCGAAGUCACCGACCUGACCGAAGUGACUCAGUGGAGGUGGGUCCCUUCGCAUCUUAAUGCAGCUGACAGCGCCACAAGAGAUUCGACCACGGUCCACAGUGAAAAAUGGAUUCAAGGCCCGACCUUCUUGACAAUGCCUGACGAACAGUGGCCUGACGAUGUCGGCAGAGACUUUGAUACGGACUUCAUUGAUGCCGAUGACAAAGAGGUAAAAGCUGUUUUAUUUACCGCUGCUAAUCCUGUCAUAGAAUUACCGGACGUCAAAAGGUUCUCCAAGUAUUGGCGUUUUGUACGCAGCACUGCUUGGUUUUUUAGAGCGAUAGACAACUUCAAGACUAAAAAGCCUGACUGGACUCGCACUGAACUUUCUGCCUUAGAAGUGACAACUGCAGAAGAGUGGUGUGUGAAAGAGAGUCAAAGGAGAUCUUUCGCCGUAGACAUAAAUCAUCUGAAGAGACACGGACAUGUUGACAGUUCCAGCUCUUUGCGCCAGCUUAAUCCCUUUCUUGAUUCGCAUGACCUGCUCAGGGUUGGGGGAAGGAUUGAUGCGGCAAACGUUCAUUAUGAUGCCAGACAUCCAGUGAUUCUGCAUCCUUCGGACUAUUUUACCAAGCUGCUUCUUCAACGAUAUCACGAAGACUCUGCCCAUUCAGGAAGAGAAAGGAUACUCCAGGAAAUCAGGAAGCAGUUCUGGAUCGUCAAUGGACGAAACGCGGUGAAGAAGACGUUUUAUGACUGCCUUAUAUGCCGAAUAAACAGGGCAAAGUCUGUUGCCCCGCUUAUGGGACAGCUGCCCGAUUGUAGAGUGAACAGAGUUGGCCGACCGUUUACUCAUACGGGCAUUGAUUAUUUUGGUCCUAUGCUGAUUAAGAUAGGCCGCAGACACGAGAAACGGUGGGGAGUCCUGUACACUUGCAUGACCGUCCGGGCAGUGUAUGUUGACCUGGUCAGUGACCUGACGACCAGCUCCGCUAUUCUCAGUCUCCGGCGCUUUAUUGCAAGACGCGGCUGUCCGGCGGUCAUGUAUAGUGACAACGCCACAACAUUUCGAGGGGCUGACAAAGAGCUCAAGCAGGCUGUGAUGUCGAUGGACCGAGGGGAGCUGCUACGUUUUGGUUCAGUUAGAAACAUGGAAUGGAAGUUUAUCCCGCCAAAUGCUCCUCACAUGGGGGGCUGCUGGGAGAGGUUGGUGCGAAGCAUCAAGACCGCGCUUCGCACUACCUUAAAAGAGAGGGUCCCCAGUGAGCAGACGUUGUUGACCUUGUUGGCGGAAGCGGAGUACUUCGUUAAUAGCCGGCCGCUAACAUACAUUCCUUUAGGCUGCGAUGACUCACCUGCUCUUACUCCUAAUGACUUUUUAUUUACAGACACUAACUUCAUCGACCGACCCUUUGGACAAUUUACUGACGGAGACAUGUUACGGCGUUCCUGGCGGGAGUCGCAGAGACUGGCAGACUUGACUUGGAAGCGCUGGGUCAGGGAGUACCUGCCUACCUUGACACGUCGGGACAAAUGGUUUAAGGCUGACAGCCGACCCUUGGCAGUAGGCGACAUUGUCAUUGUCGCUGACGACCAACUACCAAGGGCCCAACUUUACACUCGACCAGCGACUAAGCUGUGCAGACUGGACGUCGGCUCCCAAUCUUGAGUAUCAGCUUGCUGAUACUGGAGGUGGGGAUGUCGCGGCGUCCAGCCUGCAUGGUCAAAGACAUAGACUAGGACUGGCUGACGAUAAACGGGACGACGUUUUUUCUUGACUUGACAUUUUGA